ACACCUUCGCCUCUGACUGUCUCUCUCUCUUUUCUCUGAGAUAAAUGCGGAUUGUACUACUACAUUUCUUCCUUUCACGAUCUUCGCUGCCAACUUGUCUCUUCAUCUUUGUUUACUCUUUACAUAUGUACCGUAAAUCUGUACUGUACUCUUACACAUUCUCUCUCUCUCUCUGUUCUCUGCUUUGUCCACGCUUCUCUAGCACUUAUAAAUUACGCUUACAACUUGUUUUAUUUCUCCUUUUUUUUUCUUCUCAAGAAAUUCUACUAUCUUUUAGAGCCGAAAACUCCGUUUUCCCGAGUAAUAUGUAUUUGGUGGAGACUUUAUACUUUUGAAUCUGUGUGUUCCGGAAUGGUGAAUGUUUCCUCUUCAAUGCCACCUUUAUACCUUCUUUAGUUGAAACCGGGACGAGAUGAGAGACACCCAACGGUGAAAAUCGAUUUAGCGAUCGAGUUACGACGUCGAGUCUGGCUCACUUCUCUUUUUGAUUUCAGUGACUUUAUUAGAUUCUCAGAGCUAGUUUUUUGUUUUUUUUUUUAGUUCUUGUGAUGAGAGGUUCUCUACUAAAUCGCCGACUCGUUUUCAUUCUUGCUUUCGCUCUCCUCGUUGUAAUGUUUAUCCUUCUUGUUGUUCUCUCAGUUUCAGAUAUUCCCCAUGGUUUUAUUGGUUCAAGUUUUGAGAGAGACAGAUACCCACUUCAUGGCCCUUAUCGCAAGCUUCUAGAUCGUGCUUCAUUAAUGAGGAAAGAACGAAACAGAAUGAGGGACAAGAGAUGCACCACAGCAGAUAUUGUUGUUAACCAAGGUUCCACAGACCCUCUUCCAAAUGGAAUACCAACAUACACUGUUGAGAUCACAAAUGCCUGUGACACUGGCUGCAAUAUCUCUAGAAUUCAUAUCAAAUGUGGUUGGUUUAGCUCUGCUCAUCUCAUCAAUCCAAAGAUCUUCAAGCGCCUUUCCUACAAUGACUGUCUUGUUAAUGAUGGCAAACCCUUGGUUAAUGGUGACACCCUUUCGUUUCAGUAUGCUAAUACUUUUCGGUACCAUCUAUCAGUUUCAUCGGUGGCUUGCUCUUAAUAAUUAAUCACAAUAACAAACAAAACAUUUUUAUGAAGCUCAUAAACCAGGACUAGAUAGGUUGGUAGCUAUUUCUCUUCUUUUGUACAUAUAUGUAGCGACAAAAGUCAAUCACUUUUAAUCUCAAUAAAUAGGAUAUUUUGACAGGCAA